AUGGAGAACCCUAAGCAAGAGUUUGUGUACGAUGCUUGUUUGAGAAAUCAUGCAGCAAACUUUGGUGGCCAUGCCACAGACGGAUGUCGAGCAUUUUUCCCAACCGCUGGUGGCUCCCAUUGUGAGGCAUGUGAGUGCCACCAGAAGAAAGUUGUGGUAGGAAGUGGUUUUGGUGAUGAUAGGAAGGGAGAGAGUAGCAGUCACACUGUGAAGGUUAAAACAGAGGAGAUCAAAGUGAGUGAGGAUAGUGAGGAGGAGGAGGAGAAGAAGCAGUUACAGCAGCUCAUGGUAGCGGAGCAGCUACAGCAGCAACAUAAGGAUCAAGUGGUGGUGCAGAUGAGUAAGGGGAGGAGGCCAAGGACAAAGUUCACGGAGGAGCAGAGGCUUUGGAUGUUUGCAUUUGCAAAAAGUCUUGGUUGGAGAAUGCAGAGAAAUAGGUGGGAUGAGAUCAACCAGUUCUGUCAACAAAUUGGGGUGUCCAGGCAUGUUUUCAAGGUUUGGAUCCACAACCAUAAGAAUCGUUGA